AUUUUUCCACCUAUACAUUGCUCUUCUUAUUGUUCGUACGCAUUGCAUUAUUGGCUAAUUACGUUGAAAGUGGAAUUCCCGUUUCGAGGGAUUUUCCCCAGAAAUAUCACUGACCCAAUGUCAAGCAUUGGUGAAAUUGUGAUAAUGGUACUCACUAAUUGUAAUUUCGCGAUAGUGUGCUUCAAAAAACAUGAACUGUGGGGCUAUGCUGUGGUUAUGUAUCAGUGUAAAUCGUGCCUCAUUCGUAAGCAGAACGUCCAUCCAUUUGGCGGGAAGGAAAUAGCUCUGAAAAACCGGUGAUUUCUGUCCUCUGAUUCGUAAUUGUGUUGCUCAAGAAAUGCGGUUCAUUCAAACAUUUUUUUGUUUUUGUGCACUGUUGGGUCUUUUAAUAGCGCAAGAAGAAGACCCGUUUUUGAAACAGUUUGAGGUACACAUGCAAAUAAUGGAACCGUCCGGAUUCAUGUUUUGGACCAAAGCGACUCCAUUUAUUGAUGUGUUCGGAGUGAAUGUGUUCGUCGGUAAGCCGGAAGAAAAUCUCUUGAAUCCCGUGUUUGAUAGAGAGUUUGCGGACUAUGCAAGCGAAAUUGUAGAUGGGAAAUUUUUGAUUCGAGACGAUAAGAUAGUGGUGAAAAGGGGAGAAAUGUUGCGUUAUAAUUUUUUGGUACGAUACAACGAUACUAUAACCACAAGCAAUUUCCGAAGCUUCAUUGUCUCAGAUGAAGUGUUCUAUCGUCCGAAGAACAACUAUUGCUUCUCACAAUGUCUUGUCAAUGAUGAACGCCAAGCUCCCGAGGAAGUCGCAAUCGUGAAAGACAUCCUAGAGCAAAAGAUAUUGAAGUGCAUCGGUUCGCAAGCCUCAAAAUAUUUGUUCUUUCCACUCGAGAAUGCCGGAAAGCUAGUUUCUGAUCCGGAGCGGUACGUGAAAUAUCGUCUAUGGCAUGUUGAUGCACUUAAACCGCUUGUUAACAAUGUGGUCACAACGUAUCUUGCUCACAAUGGUGUUGGAUUCGAAAUGUACACGCUAAUCGAUAAAUUUAAGGUACUAGAACUAGGUGAAGGCUAUCUGGAUGUGGUUGAUUUGGAUAAAUUGAUUUAAUUGCAUAUAAUUAAAACAUAUAUGUAAAACUUUACCAAAUUAUGUUCUUACAUUGAUUGACUUUUACAGGCUUUAUAUUGAAGAAUUGCGAUAUUCAAACUAUGAGAGUGGAAUUGAGAUUUUUGUAUUGGAUUCUGUACUGAAAUAUCACUGACCCAAUGGCAAACAUCCGUUAGAGUGUGAUGCUGAUGCAUUGCAUUGAUUGAUACUGGUGAUAAUCAGCUAAAAUAAACAUGACUAUGUACUGUGCUGCAGCAAUAGCAAUGCAUCAGUGUAAAUCGAGUCUCCUUCUUGUCCAGAACGUUCAUCUAUCCGGUGUGAAGUGCUGGUGUUUAAGAUCCGGAGAACGUAACGUUUCUAACUGUGCCUUUUGAACCAGAAUGCGGUUAAUUCAAACAUGUAUUUGGUGGUUUGUUUUGUUGGGUACUUUAAAAGCCCAAGAAGAAGCUCAUCUUCCAGAAUAUUUGGUCUUUAUGAAACAGUUCGCGGUGCACAUACAGUUAAGUGAGCCAUCGGGGAUAAUGAUCUGGACCCGGAAUAGUCCGCUGAUAGAGAUGUUUGGAUUGGAGUUGUAUGUUGGACGAAAAAAUUUAAACCAUCGGGAACCUUUCUGGGAUAGAGAGCUGUUAGUUAACACAACCGCUAUUGUAGAUGGGAAAUUUCUCUUUCGUGACGAUACCAUGGUGGUGGAAAAGGGAGAAAUAGUUCGUUAUCGUUUUACCGUUCUACACAAGAAAACGCUACACCAUAGCAAUUUCCGGCGAAUCAUUGUCACAGAUAAUCUGUUCUAUCGGCCGAAGAACAACUAUUGCUUCUCACAAUGCCUCGUCAAUGAACAGGAACAACUUCACGAGGAGAUCGCACACAUGAAGAGCAUCCUGGAGGAAAAGAUAACGCAGUGCGUCGGAUCGCAAACGUCUAAGUACUUGUUUUUUCCGCUAGAGAAUGCCGCAAAGCUAGUUUCUGAUUCGGAGCUGUACGUGAAAUAUCGUCUUUGGCAUGUUGAUGCACUUAAACCGCUUGUUAACAAUGUGGUCACAACGUAUCUUGCUCACAAUGGUGUUGGAUUCGAAAUGUACACACUAAUCGAUAAAUUUAAGGUACUAGAACUAGGUGAAGGCUAUCUGGAUGUGGUUGAUUUCGAUUCAGUAAUGUGAUGAAAAUACGGUAGUUUCUAGAUAUUAGGUUCGAUUUUCAUAUCCUAAAGGUUUUACCAAAUUUUUUUUUAUUCAUAAGAAACAGCCUGACCGUAAUGCUGCGUUUUACGAAAUUAUGAUUCAACAUUUUUAAGUAUAUUGUUUUUCAUAACAUAUGUAUUAUUCAAAUUUCCCAUUUUGAAAUGAUGUAUUUAAUCAUUACUGACUGAAUGUCAAACAUCCGUUUAAAUGUGAUAAUGUUGCUCGCUCAUUGAUUAUUAUUUUGCGAUAAUGUGCUAAAAUAAACAUGGCUAUGUGCUGUGCUGAAGGUA